AUGUCAGGUAUCAAUAUAAACAUCAAUCUGAAUCUAGAGAAGAAUAAGUAGAGUUAUAUUUAUAAACUAGAGAGUUGCCAAAAGCAAAGGUGAAAAACAUUGUGAUGAGGAACCAAAGAAAAAGAAAAAGAAAUAAGGGAAAUCAAAAUAAAGUAAUUAAUCACCACUUCCUUGGGGAUUGAAUCAAGAAAGACUUAAGAAUUAUAUCUUUGCCUAAUUAGAAAAGAGAGACAACCUAUUGUAUCAAUAAUAGAUGAGAAAAGGUAAAGUAGAAGAACCAAAGUAAGAUCGUAGAGAGAUUUUAGGAGUCUCGUUUUUGAAUCAUCUUCCAAAAAGAAAAAUAAAAUAGAUGAUAAAUAGUAAAUAUUUAUUUUGAUAUUGUUUAGAAUAGAAGGUAAAUGAAAAUGAAGAAUAAAUACAAUAUUAGCCAAAAUUUAAUGAAUAAUAAUUACAUGAAAUUAGAAUGUAUAAAGAAUGGAAGAGAAGAUAAAUUUAAUUUGAUUUGCAAUUCAAAAAACAACAAGAAUAAUAAAGAUAAACUAAAAUAUAAUAAAACUUAUAGAAUUUAAACGAAUAUAUUAAAUGUAAAUAAAAUAUUAUAAUUUACAAUAGAUAGAAAUCAUACUACAUCUGUACAUUAAAAAAAGUCAGUGUCUUUUCAUAAAAAAAAAAGAACAAAAUCAUCAAUGGCAGAAAAGAAAAGAGAAUUGAUUAUUAAAUAUUAAAAUUUAGCCAAUCGAUAUGCUUAAAUUAAUGGAGAACCUAAAGAUAAUUAAAGUUGUUUUGGUUUAGUAUUGGAUAGUGAUCAAGAAGGUAUAUCUUAAAUGGAUUCAAUACAUAAAAGUACAAGAAGAUAGAAUGUUAUAUCUGAACCAACUUUAGAUGAAGAUGAAGAAUAAUAAAUACAAGAAUUGGGAAAUCUUGAAAAAGAAAUGGCAUAAAUUGUUAAGGCUGCAAUAAUUAUUUAAAAGAUCUGGAGAGGUUAUAAAACAAGAUAAAUAUUAUAAUAUUAUAAGAAUUAUGUAGAAGAUGAUGAUGAUGAUGAAAUUAAAUUAGAUUAAUUAAUUCCAAAUUUAAGUUAAAGAUAAGAUUAAUUGGAACCAAUUUGUUAAUCAGUUUAAAUAGGUAAAGAAUAGAGUGGAUUAAAAUCAUCUUAAAAGAAGAUUGAUAAAAAUGGAUUUAAUACUUUUAUUGAUUAAUUAGAUUGGGAUGAUGAAAAUGAAGAUUAAUUCAAUUCUUAAAAGGUAUCAUCUAUUAAAAAGUUAUCUUAAUAAAAAUCACUUCAUAAAAUUAUAAUUUAAAAAUAAAAAUAAUAAUGGCAUUAAAUGUUAGAACAUAUUUCAUAAUUAUAAAGAAAAGGAUCUAAAUAAAAUAUAAAAGAAGUUUUAUAAGAUUUGAAAGCUUUUACUUUAUAAUUAACAUAAGAAAUAGAUGGAGAAAUUAAUGAAGAUAAUUUAGACAAAUAAGAUUAAUAAUAAUCUGUAGAAAUGAGUGAAAUUAGAUAAGUUAUGGGAUCAGAAAAUCUAGUUAAAUUAUCAUAGACUUCAUCUCCUGCUAACAAAGAUGGUUCUUUAUUUGAAUAAAAUCCAUUUUAUGAUUUUACAUCUAAAAAAUUUAAAGAACUUCUUAAUAGAGAAUAUAUGAAUAAAUUAAUAUAAAUGAGAGAAACUGCAAUUGAAGAAAGACAUAAAAAUGAAAUGAAAAAUAUUCAUGAAGCAUUAUAAUAAAAAUAAAUUAGUCCAAAAACAUUUGAAAAAUAAAAAUAUAAAAUUGAAAAAUGGGUUACUAAAGAAAAAGAAGAUUUUAAAUAAUAAAAAUCAAAUAUUGAAAAUGGAUGGAAAGGAUUAUAUGAAACAUUUAUGAGAACAUAAAAGGAUUUAUUAUUUAUGUCUAAAUUGAAAAAUUAAUAAUUAACAUCUUCCUUUUCAAGUGAAAAUGUUAGUAAUUUAAGAUUAAUUAGAGAAAUUAAUUCAGGAUCUCAAUCUAAAAUAGUUAAAACUAAUAAUUUUGAUACUGUUACUAUGAAUUUUAGUUCAUCUAUUUGUGAAUCAUAAGAUAUUAGAAAAGUACCUAAAACUUCUCCAUCACCUUCUCCACGUCAAUAAUAAUAAUAAUAAUAAUAUAAUUAAUAAUAAAUAUAUGAAAAUUUAGAAUGGGAUGAUGAAAUGUUGUAUACUAGUGAUAAUUUAGAUUGUGGCAAAAUUUAAUAAUCUUAAGUUAUUAAAGUAUCUACACUUAUAAAUAAAGAACCUGAAUAUAGUGAUUCAUAAAUUUAAUCAUAUUCCAUUUUAAUUGCUAAUUCAAUUAUUGGAAAUGAAAUCUAAGAUAUGUAUGAAGAAUUAAAAUUAAAUAAUAAAGAUAUCACUACAUUAAUUAAGUUUCAAUAAUACAAAGGAAUCAAAACAAAUAUUUAAUAAGUUAAAGUCUAUUUAGCAAAAUUAGAAUCAUUUUUAUUAUAAUCAGAUAAGAAAGCAGCAUUAAUUUAAAGAAUAAAUACUCCUUUGGGCCCAACUCCAAAGGAAAUCUUGAAAUUUUUCCAUUAUUAUGAUGAAGAGGAUGAUUAUUAAUCUAGUGAACAUGAUGAUAUCUCUAAUCAACCUAUUUUAUAAACAGAAUAAUAUGCAUAAUUAGAGAAUUAACUUAUGGAAGAAGAACAAAUUUCUUCUGAAGAUGGAUUUUUAUUAGAAUUAGAACAUAUUCAUAAUAAAGUGUUAUAUGAUGCAUUAAAUGAAGCUUUGGAUUACUUUAGACCUUUUGGAUUAAAUGGAUAUCCUCUUCCUUGGAUUAAAUAACCAUUAGAAUUAAUAUAAAGGUAUAUAUUAUAUAUACUAUUAUAAAUAGAAAUAAGAAAUAAGAAUCUAUUUAAGAGAUAUUUUAAGGAGCAAUAAAAUAAGUUACUGAUUGGGCAUCAUUCUUAGUAGGUUUAAUAAUUGAUAAACCAGAUUCUCCAUUUCCUAAAAUUCUGAUGCUAGAUUAAGAAUAUUUAAAUUAGAUUAAAGAAGAGAGGAUGAUAAGAAUGCUUAAUUAAGAAGUAUUAUAAUUAAUAAUAAUAAUUAAUAGAUUUAUUAAAAUGAAGAGAGAUGGUUGAUAUAUGAUGAAGAAUAAUCUGAAAUUCUAGUAGAAAUUUCAUUAAUGGUUUAAGAUUAGUUAAUUGAUGAAUGUUUAAAAGAGCUAAUAUAGUUUUCAUGA